AUGGUCACUAAUGUUGAGCCUCAAGAAGAUGUUGAAAGGCCCCUACUCGCCGAUUCCCCAGACCCAAGCUAUGAAACCGUAGCCGCGCCAUCAACGGACACGUCGGAUGCAGCGCCUCGCGCCACGUUUAGGCGAAAUCUCGGGGCCGUAGAAGCAUUUGGCAUCGUCAUCAGUAUUGUGAUUGGCAGUGGCGUCUUCACAUCCCCCGGUGCGAUCGAUACGAAUGUUCCAUCCCCCGGCGCGGCUCUCAUUGUGUGGCUCGUGGGAGGGCUGCUGGCUUGGACGGGGGCGACCACCAUGGCCGAACUGGGCACAGCAAUUUCCGGUGAAGGGGGUGUCCAGCCGUAUCUGCAGUAUAUUUUUGGCGAUAUUCUGGGCUUCCUCGCCGCAUGGACCUGGAUCAUCGCGGUGAUGCCCGCCACGCUCGCUAUCCUCAGCAUUGUUUUCAUUGAAAGUAUUUACUCCGCUGCUGGGAUAACUAACCAGGCGUCUUCGAUCCAACACAAGCUUCUCUCGAUUCUGGUGUUGAUCGCGAUCGGGGUGGCCAACUCGAUCAGUACAAAAGUGAGCACCCGGUUGAGCAGUUUCUUCGUGACGACAAAGUUUGUUACGAUCACUGGCAUCGUAGUUGCAGGCCUUCUCGUAGUGAUUGUUCACUUGUCAAGCACACACUGGGAUGGACCAGCAACGGAUUGGUACACCAAGUCAUGGUUUGGGUACCGCGACACCGUGAGUCCGGAUGGAAAGGAGAUCCAUUGGAGCGACCUGGCUGGAUGGGAAAUGCUCGGUCACUAUUCAGCGGCCUUAUAUGGUGCGCUGUGGGCUUACUCGGGCUGGGACAAAGCAGCAGAGCUGUCCGCACCGGCCACCCAGCUUCCCCUCGCCAUUAAUGCUGCGGUGCCCAUUGUCAUUCUUUCCUUCAUCGCAGCUAAUACAGCAUAUUACAUUCUUCUUCCGUGGAGUGUCGUGUCGACAACAGACAGUGUUGCCGUGACUGCAAUCACCCAUCUCUUAGGUCCUAUCGCGGGCAUUAUCGCAGCGGUCCUGAUCUGCCUGGUGGUAGCUGGGUCCUUACUGGGAAAUUCGUUCGUCGCCGGCCGCAUGAUCGUCGCAGCAUCCAAUUCGAACUGGCUGCCCAGGUUUCUAGGAAUUCUCGGACGAUUCGGGGUUCCAUCGACUGAGAAUCGUGCGUCUGCGCAUCCGUCCGAUAUAGAUCCCCCGAGCAAUAAAUCAGACGCACCGAUCAAUGCGACCGUCUUGUCUACCGCGCUUCCUAUCUUCUACAUUCUGUUCGGAGACUUUCGGGCCCUCCUAACCUUUAAUGGUUUGGGGGAGUACACCUUCUUCUUGUUGACUGUCCUCGGAGCGAUUAUCUUGCGAUUUCGGGAACCAGAUCUGCGCCGCCCUUACAAACCCUCUAUUAUUAUUCCCAUCACCUUCGCCAUCGUUAGUGGAUUCGUGGUGGUCCGAGGGGCGAUUUUUGCCCCUGUACAAGCUUUAGUUCUGCUCUCACUGUGGAUCAUUGGAGUAGGAUAUUAUGAGCUCCGGAGGAGAUGGGCAGUGAGUCGAAAUGCAUGA